UUCCCAUUGUUUCAGCAGAGUUAAGGAGUGGUACAUAAAGCCAGUAACCUUGUUUUAGGUUUCUUGCUUUCAUCGUUUCUGGUUGUGUUGGUGAACUUAGAUGGGUGUUCCCUCUUUGGGGCGCAGUCUGAAAAUCAAACCGACACUUGUCCAUUGUUAAUGGAGCAACCAAAUGACUUUAGUGGGCAUGUUAUUGACAUACCUAGGAGUGGUGAUGGUUCUUCAUCAAACUUGUCAUCUGCAACAACUUCAAAUGGGUUGGAUGCUUUGCAGCAUGCAGACAGACCUACUAGUAGUGCAAGAGCUCUAGUUUCACAACCUUCCCAACCUUCAACAUUUUCUUCAAAUGGUACAAACUCAAGAACCUCAUCUACUGUUAGGAGAGGGGAUGCCCGUCGGAGGAGUCCGUUAAAUUCUGUUUUGUGGAUUUCUGUUGAACUGAUUCUUACAGUGAGCCAGAUGUAGC